AUGCCUCUGAACGCGUCUGCUAUCUACCCUGCCUCAGAUCCUGAGUUUCUAUCAUUCCCGAGUCGAAGAAGUGUUGUCCAUAGCGCCAACGGUAUUGUGGCUUGUACACAGCCCUUGGCUGCACAAGCAGGUCAACGAAUUCUACAUGCUGGAGGCAAUGCUGCAGAUGCGGCAGUCGCUGUUGCAGCCGCCCUCAAUGUGACAGAGCCGUCCUCUACAGGCAUUGGUGGUGAUAUGUUCUGUCUGUUUUACGAUGUGAAAACAAAGAGGGUAGAGUCUUUAAAUGGAUCUGGCAGAGCAGCCGCGUCUGCAUCAUUGAAGCAAGUGAGAAAAGACCUUGGUUUGGGUGACGGGAAAAAAGGAAGCAUACCGAUGUCAAGUGUACAUGCAGUGACUACGCCUGGCGCAGCUGCUGGAUGGGCUGAUACAGUUGAGAGCUUUGGCAGUGGGAAGCUUUCACUAGGGGAGAUUCUGGCACCUGCGAUUGGGUUCGCAGAGGAUGGCUACCCUGUGUCGGAGCUCUCCUCGGUAUUCUGGCGAAGCAGCGAAAAUGAAAUCCGCCACGCUUCUCCAAACUUUGGAGAGAUGCUCAAGACAGAUCCUAAGGCACCAGAUGGCAAAAGAGCACCGAACCCGGGCGAACUCUUCACGAACCCAACAUUGGCGAACACUUUUCGUCUACUAGCCAAGCAUGGGAAGGAAGGGUUCUAUACAGGCGAUGUGGCCGACGCGUUAGUAAAAGUUGUGCAAGAUCUAGGUGGACAUCUCGCAUCAGAAGAUCUCAAAUUCCACUUAGACGAGGGUAGCGAGCCCACAGAAGCAAUAUCCUUAAGAUUCAACGGUCAAGCCAUAGGUUCAGUCAGGAGCCAAGGCAUAGAUGGCGAGCCUGCCCAGACCGCCCACGAACACGGUGUUGACGUAUGGGAGCACCCACCAAACGGCCAAGGCAUAGUCGCUCUUAUGGCCCUUGGCAUCCUCGAAGAACUCGAAAACACCAAUCAAAUCCCAACCUUCACCGAAAAGGACCACAACUCCUCCAUAUACCUACACGCCGUGAUCGAAGCCUUGCGCAUCGCCUUCGCAGACGGGACAUGGUUCGUGACCGACCCCAACGUCGUGAAAGUGCCCACCGCCUCCCUCAUCUCCCGUCCCUACCUCGCCGAGCGCGCCAAACUUUUCAACCCCAAAAAAGCCUCAGAUAUCCUCUCCCACGGCAGCCCCGCCCACCAACAAAGCGACACCGUCUACUUCGCCGUCACAGACCGCGACGGCAACGGCUGCUCCUUCAUCAACAGCAACUACGGCGGUUUCGGCACCUGCAUCGUCCCCAAAGGCUGUGGUUUCACAUUGCAAAACCGCGGCGCGAAUUUCAGCCUCGAUGCUGAUCACCCGAAUGCUUUCGGUCCGCGAAAGAGACCGUAUCAUACGAUCAUCCCAGCUAUAAUUACAAAUCCGGAUGAUGGCAGUCUGCAUAGCGUGUACGGGGUCAUGGGGGGCUUCAUGCAGCCCCAGGGACAUGUGCAGGUACUGCUGAAUAUGUUGGCGUUCAAACAUAAUCCGCAGAAUGCGCUGGAUGCGCCCAGGGUUUGUAUUGGGGCGGGCACGCCGGAGAUGGGCAAGGUGCUAGAUGUGGUGUAUUUGGAGGAGGGGAUCGAUGCGAAAGUGGGGGAAGAAUUGAGAGCGCUUGGACAUAAAGUCGAAUUUGUGAGUGGGUACAAAAGGGGAUUAUUUGGAAGGGGCCAGGUCAUUAGGUGUCAUAUAGAGGAUGGAAGAUAUAUUUCGUCCGCGGGCAGUGAUCCCAGGGGUGAUGGGGCUGCGUUCCCGGCGUAA